AUGGCAACUAUCGCGAAGACAAUUGUAGCUACAGGCGCCACUUCAGGCUUGGGGUUCGAGUUAGUCAGGCAACUUCUUGCCCAAACGCAGCCCUACAAUUUCAUUCUCGGAGCUAGAGACACGAAAACGGCUCAAGCCAACUUCGAUGGACUCGAGUAUGACAACAGCAAGCACAGCUUAACUAUCUUCCCGUUAGAGCUGUCGAACCUCAAGACCGUCAAGACUUUCUCACAGCAAGUCUUAGAUAAACUUGGACAAGACAAGAUUGACUACUUGUUGCUCAGUGCAGCAAUUAGUAAUAAUUCUGAGCAACCUGGUCCGCAUGGUUCUAAAUGGAGUGAGCCCUAUAUUGUGAACCAUCUGUCCCAACACUACCUCGUUCAUCUACUUCGAGAGAAGUUAGAAGCAUCGAGGUCGCGCAUAGUAGUCGUCUCCUCUGGCGCCGUGUGCUAUGUAAAGGACCCUACACUUCUUGAAGAUGAUCUCAAGGGCGGUUCAAAGACGGAUCGCAAUGUAUACAGCGCCACGAAAUUCGUUCAGCUACUCGGAGCCCACUGGUGGCGUCGUCAACUUCAGGGAAAAUGCCACGUCGUCGCCGCGUCGCCGGGUUUAGUCCCUAAUACUAACCUCCUAAGAAGCAGCGAACAUUACAGUAUGCUUGUAAACCAUCCAGAUGCAAAGACCGUCCCAGAAGGCGCCCAGAGUAUCUAUCGUGCAUUUAUAAGGGACGACUUUCCGGAAGACCCCGACCAGAUCUACUUGUCGAGCUUAGGCGAAUGGUGGUCUAAGGACCUCUACGGACUUACUCUCGACAAAGAUCUCCAGGACAAAUGGUCUCCUAGUAAAGAGGAAAUUGAGAAGGAAGAGGGUUUAACCGCUUAGAUUAACUUAAUCGUAGGCCUCUAAGAUUCUAUACUCUAGUAGAUAAUCCUAUGA